AUGAGAUUAGCAGCAUACGUGCAGUAUGACCAGUCUCUGUGCUCAGGGAGAUUGGAGGUCUGUGUGGGCUCGGUGGCAGGGGGUCGAGCUCCCAACAUAGAGGUUCGGGGGGGACCCAUUGAGACCACAGCAGUGACACACUCCACGCCCGCUGGGCCUUCCGACGUGGGCUUCCCGGAACAGCUCGAGCCCGGCUCCACGCUGGGACCUGAGCCCAGUUUCUCCCACGCGGUCCACUUCCUGCGUAGCUGGGAUGACAGACGUGAGCCACAGCCCCGGGCGCCCCAUGAUGCCCUCAUCACGCCCCCUCCGGUGUGCCCUCGCACCCAGGUCCUCCCGCCUCCAGCUCCCAAGCGCUGGGCUCGCUCACGUUUCGAGAGAGGGAUCCCCGCCCCCCCAGAGCCACUGGGCCCGUUUCCAGGAGCCCCACAAACGAGCCCCGAAGGACCGGCAGCCUGCAGAGGAGUCAGCGGCUCGGAGGGCCACGAUGGGCAGCGCCGGGCAGGGCCGCGGGGCCGCGUGGGGAAGGCAAGGCCGGCGGGCGUCGUCAUCCUCAUCACCACGUCCUGCCGGCCCCCAAGGCCCCCCCCGUCCCCCGCCAUCUCCAGGACGCUCUGCCCGCACCUGGCCAGCACCCCAGGGACCAGGAAGCAGCCACGGGGCUCCCGUGGCUUCUCCCAGCAUCCUCCGGUGCGAGAGACAAGCCACGCCCUGGCUCUCCGGUGCCAGGUGGAAGCCGGCCCUGUGCCCGGCACCGGAGCGGUGUUCCCGGAAGAAACCGGCUCGCCCGGUGACCCCGCCCUGCCUGAUGCAAAGCAGCCUCGGCCGGAUCUGCCCCAGAUCCAGGCUCACGGGCUCCCAGCACCCCCCGGGAGUCCCGAGCCCACGAAACCCACGGGCCCCGAACCGGCAAUCCACCCAGGCGCCGCCGGGCCGGGCCCCCCCGUGGACGGCAAGGGCGCCCCCGGCCAUCCGGGCCUCCCCACUCGGCCGGUGAAAGUCAGCUCCCCGUGA